AUGACAGAAUUACAACGUAUACAACGUAUACAUAAAGCGAUCAGAGAUUUUUUUGAUGAAACACCCGUCGAAGAAUGGUCCUAUAUUCAUUUUUUAAAAACAUUUAAACCUAUCAUCAAGUCAAGAUUAGAUAUCACACUUCGAGACGAAAAAGCCACGUGGAAGAAGAGAUUUGUGAAGCAAUUAGAGAAGAUUGCUGAAGAUGACACGUAUACUGAACAGCAAAGAAAUAAGGCAAUUCGUUUGAAAGAAAAGGACUCAUUGUCUGCAGAACUCUUCUGGGAUAAUAUUGAGAAAGAAAAAGAAAGCUUGCGUAGAAAGCUAGAAGUGAAAACCAAUAUGGACUUGGUCUGCGAAAAUACAGAAAUUGAAGCUAUAGAGAUUUUGGAAACUGCAC